GUCAAAAACAAAUAUGACGACGGUCCUACGAGAUGGCUUGGCUGUUUCAAGGAAUGCUGCUAAGCUGUGGUUUAGAAGAAGUAUUCAAAAUAUCAGACCAACACAGAGAUUUUACAGUGGAGCUAUUCCAGCGUUGACGUUUCCUCGAAGUAACUGGUCUUCUUCUAGGAUUCCGUUUGUUGGAGGUGGUGUGAGAACAAUGUUCAUUCAGGUACAAGAAACACCAAAUCCUAACAGUAUGAAGUUUGUUCCUGGGGUGCAGGUCUUAGAGCAUGGUACAGUUAACUUUGCCAGUGCACAGUCUGCAUAUCCUUCACCUUUAGCAAGAAAUUUAUUUAGGAUAGAUGGUGUGACUGGAGUCAUGUUAGGACCAGAUUUCAUCACAGUUACAAAGAAAGAUGAUGAUGAUGUUAACUGGCCUGUCUUAAAACCUGAUAUAUUUGCCUCCAUAAUGGACUUCUUUGCAAGCAAUAUUCCCAUUCUUACUGAAAACCAGCCAGCAAGUGAUACAGCUAUUGAUGAAGAUGAUGAUGAAACUGUUGCUAUGAUCAAAGAGUUGUUAGACACAAGAAUAAGACCAACCGUUCAAGAAGAUGGAGGGGACAUCAUUUUCAAGGGAUUCCAAGAUGGCAUUGUAAAGCUUAAACUACAGGGAGCAUGCUCCAGCUGUCCAAGUUCAAUGGUUACUUUGAAGAAUGGCAUCGAAAAUAUGAUGCAGUUUUAUGUCCCAGAGGUGGUUGCAGUAGAACAGGUCGAGGAUGAAGUGGAUGAAAUAAAUAAAACGGAAUUUAGUAAACUUGAAGCGAGACUUGAAGAAACAAGUACACCAGUGGAGGGGAACCCGAACACUACAGCGGAAAAAGACUGACAUUUCAGGACAAGGUCAUCUUGUCAAGUCACUCAAGGAGAACAGUUCGCAAUACCCUGUUAGCUCGGUGUUUAUCGGCAUUACUCUCCUCCUGAGAACCGUUACAUAGGGAGUUCUAGCUUUCAUGUGGCUCGUCGCUAUCUUUGAUAAGACUGGAUUCUCCAGAGGUUAAUCUUUUCUAUUUUUUUUUCUUUUUAUGGGAAUAGGGGGAGGAAAGACGUUGACGAGUAGAAAUUCAAAGCAGAUGUCAGGUUCAGUUUGAUGUUUGUGCGAGGUUUUCUAGAAAACCGUUUCUUGCACCUUUAGAGGAGUAUCUGCAUUUAUCAAGGGAAUGGCGCCCUAACAUAUUCUUGGAAAAUUGAAUGUUUCAAUUCUUUGUUUUAAGUUAAAAUAAGCGAAGAGAACUGUCGCAGAGUACCUUGACCAAGAGGAGUUAAAAUAAUUUUGGUCUCUUCAUGUUGCUUAACCCUUUAAUUCUUAUGAGUGAUCAAGACAGAAUUUCUCCUUACAAUACCAGUAGAAUAUCAGGCAGACAAGAGAUGAGAAUAUAGAAAAUAUUAAGUAGGGGAUUGUUAGUUGAUCCAAUACCAAAUUCUCUAAACUCAUCACAAUAAUUGCAUGGCAGACAGUAAAGAGAAUUACUAGUGAGAUCUUAGGAGUGAAAGGUUAACCCCUUUUUCCUCUUCAAGUGAACACGAAACUUGACGGGUUCAGCAGCGAGAUGCUGAUAAGAGAAGGUUAUAGCUUUCAUUGUGAUUUCCUUGCGCGUAACGUCUCACCCUCACCCUCCCCUUCCCCCCAACAAGUUUCCCACCCACUCAAUCCCCCAUUUGAUGCUGGACUCAAAGCCACACCGAUCAGGCACUAAUAUAAACUUGUUGCAACCAAAUGAGACAGACAGAAAAAUUGCAUUGUAACCAUGAAUAUAAUGGUCGAAGUCUUAAAAUUAACGUUAUAAGAAAGGAGCAAACAAUCCGGCGGAAUUGUUAGCAUUAAAAAGUCCCUUCACUAGUUUCUCUUUAGUUCAUCAAUACGUCUCAGUUAAUCACUAUGAGCUAUCAUGGCAGAAGCGUGGACAUGUAACAGUUUGGAGCAAAACUUCUCUUUGGGAAUUGUCACUAGGAAAACUAACUGUCGUGGAUCUUAAAUUUAGCUACUAGCUCAAUAUUGACCGUUAAAUUUUAUAGUUCAGCGCGCCUCCAUAAUUGCUGAAUUCUAAUGAGUACUGCUGUUAAUUAUUGAUUGUUCCUCACAAGCUGUAGGAGUGAACAUGGGUAAUUAAAGUGAUUUUCAACUCAGACAUGGUGUAGCCAUGCACAGUAUCUGGCGCAAAGGUGAAAUAAAUUUCAUUUAGUUCCUUGAAUUCAA